CCGGAAGUGAAUCUGAUGCUAAUUUUGAGCAUUGAGCGGUUGAGUAAAGGUCGUACGGAUGGAAUUUUCAAGCUGAAACCAGAAUGUGAAGAUGACAACAGCAGAGUUACGAUGGGACUCGAACACAAUUGCUUGAAAAUACUUUUAGUUUUGUCGCUGUUACAAUCCGUGAUAGCCUGCAGUGACCAAGCCAUUGGCCUAAGUAGCAGUGUAAUUAUCCCAGAUUAUAGAUUCUCUGCCACCACACAGUACAACUCUGAUUCCUAUGCACCCUUUAGUGCAAGACUCAACGGCCCUGGUGCCUGGGCUCCGAGAACCAACGGGAAUAGUAAUGACUUUCUCCAGAUUGAUCUCGGUUCUGUACGUCUAAUAUGUGCGAUAGCCACUCAAGGCCAUCCAAACAAUGAAUGGACAACGCAGUACAAAGUUUCUCUUUCCCUGGAUAAUAUUGUUUGGCAGAUAUUCCAGGAAGGUGGAACUGAUAGGACCUUCACAGGUAAUAGAGACACGAGCACACCAGUGAAGCACGUAUUUAAUAACCCUCCAGAGGCCAAGCUCAUAAGAUUCAUCCCUAAGGGCUAUAGCGGGUGGAAAGCUCUAAGGGUGGAGGUCUAUGGCUUCCUCAAAGAGUGCGGUGGCUCGCUUGGCAUCGAGGCUGGUUUAAUUCCUAAUGCACAAAUGAAAUCCUCAUCCAAUCAGGAUGACUCCCACAGUGCGUCCGCUGGCCGUCUGUACGGCGGCUCAUCUUGGUGUAGCGCCACCUCGUCCAGCUCGGAGUAUCUGCAAGUGGACCUGGGGCGAGUGACGAAGAUCACGGGCAUAGCAACACAGGGAUCCCCUACUGAGAACAAGUGGCUAACUAAAUACACUGCUGCUUAUAGUGACGAUGGGAGACAAUGGGCAAGGAAUGGCGAGGUCUUGUCUGGUAACACAGAUGGUAACGGUUUGCGAGUGAACUGGUUUGCACAAGCUAAGGAGACUCGCUUUGUGCGGAUUUAUCCCGAGACCUGGAGUGUCGGGGUUUGCGUUAGAGUGGAACUGCUUGGAUGUGUCUCGUGUGCGUCCCAAGCAAUCGGAGUAAGCAGCAAUAAGAUUCCAGAUAGCAGCCUCACAGCCUCCUCACAAUACGACGGCACCACUCCACCCUCCAAAGGUCGACUGUAUUCCCCUGGGGGGUCCUGGUGCGCAAGUUCCAGUGACAGCGCGCCAUACCUGCAGGUGGACAUGGGAUCUCGUCACGUGAUUUGUGGCGUGGCGACCCAGGGGGAUGCAUCCGCUGACCAGUGGGUACAGACGUAUAAGUUAAAUGGCUCUAUUAGUGGCUCUUCUUGGCUGUCUUAUCGAGAAAAUACUCUAAACAAGGUCUUCGAUGGAAAUUACGACCGAGACUCCGUUGUGCAGAGUACACUGGACGAAGGUGACGUCAUGAGAUAUGUGCGAGUGUCGCCCGUCACCCACCAAGGGAAUCGAGUAUGUCUACGGACGGAAGUUUACGCAGUACCUCAGGAUACAGUGUGCGCUCGGUCAUCUGUUGGUGUUUCUGGUACGCUUCCUGACCACCGAUUCACAGCGAGUAGUGAAUACGACGUUCGUUACAAAGCGCCUCGAGGAAGACUUGGGGGAUACCUAGGAUGGGCACCAAAAACCACAGGAGGCGGGGAAUGGCUGCAGAUCGACCUCGGUUGUGUAAAGUUCGUCUGCGCGGUGGCCACUCAAGGCAAUUCUGAGCCUAAUGAGUACACAACUGGGUACAAGCUUUCUUUUUCCGUGGACAACCGGGGAUGGGCGGAGUAUCAUGAGAAUGGUGCGGCCAAGACAUUCACCGGUAACACGGAUCAAAAUACAAUAGUCACCAAUACCCUCAGUAACCCGACCAGGGCCAAGCUCGUCAAGUUCUAUCCCACUUUAUAUCAAAAUCAUCCUGUGCUUAGGGUUGAAGUCUUCGGAAUUGCUAGUGCUUGCAGUUCACCGUUAGGAUUUGAGACUGGAGGUUUGUCCAUUGACUCACACAUGACGUCAUCAUCAAAAGUGGACGAUUCCCACGGUCCGUCCGCUGGCCGUCUGUACGGCGGCUUAUCCUGGUGUAGCGCCACGUCGUCCAGCUCGCAGUAUCUGCAGGUGGACCUGGGGCGAGUGACGAAGAUCACGGGCAUAGCGACACAGGGAUCCCCUACUGAGGAUAAGUGGGUGACGCAGUAUAGCUUGAAGUAUACGUUGGGUGGCUCCCUGUGGUUGAGUUAUAAGACAGAGCAGAAUCAAGAGAAGAUUUUGCCGGCCAACACCAACAAAGACGAUCCUGUAGUCAACUGGCUAUCUCUGCCCUUUGUCGCUUGGAGUGUGCGGAUUUUUCCACUGGCCUGGAAUACUGCAGUCUGCAUGAGAAUAGAGUUGUUUGGCUGCAGAGAAUUUCCAGUCCCUCGCAUUCAACUGAGUCCAAGCAGUUUAAACCUCACAGCAACACCGGGGCAGUCACGUGAUCUGAUCUGUAAAGUAACGGGACAACCAGUACCUCGUCAAAUCACGUGGUUUGCAAACGAGUCUGACGUCAAUCAUCUUUCAAGUGGUGUCACACAGCAAGGCAAUACGCUAACGACAACACUAUUAUUCAAUUACACGUCAGCUGAACAUGUCCUUGAUACGUACAGCUGUUCUAGACCCGCUUCCGGAACUGGACCUGUUCCCUGUACCAGUCCUCCAUAUGCAUGCGCGGCCGUUUACCAAGGUCUUGUCGUUUUCGGUUAUGCCAGAGCCACGACCGUUGUCAUGGUUACUCUAAAUUACCCAACACGACUAGCGGAACCCGUAGCUUCCAAACUAACAACAAGCUCCGCCACCAUCACUUGGAACCAGCCCCCUCUCGGUCAAGGCCAAGGAAUAGUGACAUCAUACGAGUUGCAUUAUGGGAACGCGUCUUUUAGCCAAUCAGAGACGCUGCAGGGCUCUUCUCGUAGUCACGUGAUUAGCGGUCUGCAAGUGUAUAGUAAUUACAGCGCCAAGAUCCGCGCGAUCAGCCGAGUAGGUAUUGGGGCCUGGAGCGAAUACCUUAAAUUUACGACGGAUUCCUCGCUUCCUGGUGGUGCUCCAAGCCUCGUGUCCGUUGUCGCCAUGACGUCAAAGAGUAUGCAAGUCACGUGGAAACGCCCUUCACUUAUAAAUGGACCGUUGCUAGGUUACAAGAUAUCUUACACGCGCCUGCCAAUCAUGGAAUGGGCGGAGAAAACUCUCCCGGGCCCGGUGACUAGUGACGUCAUAGACGGUCUGGCCAAGUGGUCAUCCUACAAGGUCCAAGUGCGUGUAUAUAACGACAAGGGGGACGGUCCCCUUAGCAACGAGCUGAUUGUGCGCACCAAGGAGGACGCUCCGAGCCAACCACCAGGUUCAGUAAAGGUCAUUGCCACGUCAUCCAAAAGCGUGCGCAUAUCUUGGUCGCUACCGCCGCUGGACAGUAUUCACGGUAUCGUCAGAAGUUUUUUAAUCGUAUACAACAGAACAGACCGCUCAGCCCACUACUCGCAAAGAAUCACGGGAAACUCCACGCUUUUCGCAUCGUUUGACAGCCUUGCCAUCUACACUGAGUACUCAUUCCAGGUCCUCGCGGUCACGGUGGCAGAUGGUCCGCUCAGCAGUCCCGAGACAGUACGCACCGCCCCUGAUGCGCCCACGGCACCACAAAACCUUCUGCUCUCUGUGACUGGCCCCACCUGUCCUACUCCCCCACGGGUUACACUCCAGUGGGACCCCCCUGCGGAGAUAAAUGACGCCAGAAUCAAAUACUACACGGUGACCCAUCGCAACGCCGAACAGCCCGCCGCCAAGACUGUUAAUGUCACUAUGACGUCAUACCCUAUUACCGUCAUGGGAGGGGUGCGGUAUGCGUUCUCUGUGGUCGCUGUGACGGUACUGCCUGGACCUAGUACACCAACCAAGGCAGUAGAUGUACCGGUGUAUGCCCCAUGUUGCAGUCCGAGUAGUGUAUUGACUCUUGAGCUCAAUGCCACCACUUUCCAGCUUUCCUGGCCAGAGAUCCCCAGGUCGUGCUCAAACGGGCCCAUAACCAGUUACAAGGUCCGCCUUACGCUCGUCAAACAAGGACGCCAGGUGCGUACCGUCCGGGGCAUCAGCUCUGAGAUCGUGCGAGUGGUCCCAGGAUCGCAGACGAGUGUCAUUGUUAGCGGUUUACACGCAUGCGCGGAGUACAGCAUCUCCGUCCGCGGGAACACGUCAGCGGGAGGCGGGCCAUUCUCGUCUCCUACCGCACUACAGACAUCACCGCCUGGGGCUCCCCGCAGCCUCAAACUGAUAUCCGCCGAUAAAAGGGAAGUCUGUUUAAAGUGGGUAAUGCCGACAGACGAGAAGGUGGAAAAGUACUAUAUAUCUUAUUCUGGCCUCAAGACAUACGACCCCUCAUUCUCUGUGUCCAAACGCGCGGAGUUCAAUGGCCCGUCGGUCAGCGGUUGUGUCCAGGGGCUCACGCCAGGCACGGUGUAUGGUCUGACCGUGUCGGCGAAGACGGCAUGUGGUCAUGGGCCCGAGAGCAGCCGUGUCGCCGCGAGUACAGAUAUCGACGCUCCGCCGCAGCCCAGCGUGCCGCAGAUUCAGGAAGUCGUCAGCUCAGAUGGCGCGCCUAAUAUCACGCUUAUACCCUCGUCAGACAUCAACGGGCAAAUCAGUAUAUAUGAAAUCAUCGUGCACCAAUCAGGGAGCGACCUUCCAGACGACUUUGCUCAACUUCUUACAAACUUCACUCGUGCCAAGUCGCAAGGUCUGCAAUUCUACGUCACGGCCAACCUGAAAGAAAUUUCCGAGCCCGCGAUGAACUUUACAGUGGGCGAUGCAAAGAUGUAUGGAGACUACCGAAAUGUUCCCCUAGAGGGGGGUCUGGACUAUAAUGUGUACAUCCGGGCUAUUGCAGAAAGUCCAUCAAAAUCCAUGGCAGGAGAUCCUUACAAGGUCGCCAAAAUAUCCGUUCUCGUCGCAGGAGCCGGGACGCAGGAGCCGAGCCGAGAGGGCAAAGGCGGAGUCGUUGCCAUGGCAGUGGGCGUCGUAGUUGGCUUGCUUGUUGUCAUGGCAGCGCUACUAGUUGGGAUCUUCAUUUGGAGAAGGCGGAUCCCAAAUAAAGGUCAAGAAAACCGGGCUGGGAAGUCUGAGGAAGAUGGUGUGACUAUGAGCAACCUAAGCGAGGCAAACAAGUCCUUCACGCCGAGUGACGAGGAGUUCGCCGAGAGCGGGACCCCUGUAGUGGUCAAGCCUGAAGAUAAUGGAAACAUCGAGGAGCCGUUGUACGAGAACACAGAGGGGCAGCCACGCCCUGUACCCAUCAGCCAGUUCAGCGAUCACGUCCAUCGUCUCAAGGCCAAGGGCAGGUUCAAAGAGGAAUUCCAGACUCUGCCGAGUGGUCAACAGUUCACAUGGGAAGUGGCGCGAAGGCGAGAUAACAAGAAAAGAAACCGCUAUGCGAAUAUCAUAGCAUAUGAUCACUCUCGCGUCCGUCUCCGAGACAAUCAGGAAUCGGACUAUAUCAACGCAUCUUAUCUACACGGUUAUGAUGGGACACCAAGAGCGUAUAUUGCAUCGCAAGGACCUCUGCCUGUUACCGUUGCCGACUUCUGGCAACUCGUCUGGCAAGAACAAGUAACGACCAUCGUAAUGCUCACAAACAUAGUCGAAGUUGGCAAGACCAAGUGCCAUAGGUACUGGCCGGAGGGAAAAGCUCGACAUGGCGAGUUUGACAUCAGUCUCCACCGCGAGGAAGUCUUUGCUGAUUACGUUGUGCGGACAUUUAUUAUCAAGAAGGACGAGGGACAGAGCCGGCAGGUGGUCCAGUUCCAGUACACCUCGUGGCCAGACAAGGGCGUGCCCCGACACGCGACCUCGGUCCUAGGCUUCCGUCGAAAGGUUCGCGCGCAUUACACGUCACGCAACGGCCAGGUCCCCAUGCUGGUUCACUGCAGUGCUGGCGUUGGUAGGACCGGUGCUUUUAUUGCAAUCGACGCCAUGUUAGAACGCGCAAAGAAAGAAAAAACCGUGGAUAUCCACAACUAUGUGAACGUUAUGAGAAACAACAGGUGUACCAUGAUACAAACAGAGGACCAGUACGCUUUUGUACACUUUGCCGUACUCGAGGCGCUCACAUGUGGGAACACAGAAAUCGAGGCAGGGAACCUACAAAUUGCCAUGCGCAAACGAGCGGCUGUCAAGCCUACACAGAAUCUGUCAGGAUAUGCUCUGGAAUAUCAGCGUCUGUUGGCGGUUAGCUCUCAAAUCGAGGAUGAAAACAGCAAAGUCGGUCGCGCAGACUACAACAUAAAAAAGAACAGAUAUCCCUCUGUCGUCCCAUUGGAUAGCAGUCGUGUCGUUCUAUCAGUUGACGGGGGAGACUACAUUAACGCCUCAUUUGCAGAUGCAUUUAGAAAGCGCAACGCGUUCAUCCUGACCCAGGCCCCUCUCGAACACACAAUGGCCGAGUUCUGGCACAUGAUUUGCCAGUACAAGAUCGGCACCAUCGUCAUGCUGAACAACUUGCAGGAAGAUACUCUGACGUAUCCCCAGUACUGGCCUUCAAAAGGAAGCGAGACUUACGAUCACCUGAAUGUUCGCCUAAUGUCACGUGAGAAGCAAGGCAAGCUCAUCUCGCGAAAGCUGGCCAUCGGUCAGAAGGGCGUUGAAGGUGAACACGAGGUCGUCCACAUACAACAUAUCGAGUGGCCAGACAAGUGCGCACCUGUCAAUCACCAGAGUGUACUCGACCUGGUGAGCUGGGUACAACUGUCCCAGCAGCAAUGCGGUGACAAAGCCAUUGUUGUACAGUGCAGUAAUGGCGUCGGCCGUAGCGGCACGUUCUGUGCGAUCUAUUCGUUGCUGGAGCGCAUUAAAGCGGAGCAAGUUGUUGACGUCUUCCAGACAGUCAAGGUCCUUCGGCUGGGAAGGCCUGGGGCGGUGGAGACAUUGACUCAGUACAUCUACUGCUACCAGAUGGUCCAGCGAUACCUUGACUCGUUCAGUGAUUACGCAAACUUUAGCGAGGUUUAAAAAGACUCGCUGUCACACAUCACGCCAGAUAUAGAGAAAGAAGAAAGUGCUACAAACAAAGAGAACUAUAUUUUAUAGCAGAAACAUUUUGCAUACUAAAUUAGAGUUUAUAUAGAUUUUAUAUAAUCUUCUGAUAAAGAAACAUUUUUUUA